AUGGAGAGAGGAAGCGAGGAGAGCUUCAUGGUGGCUGCUCAAGUGAAGCGCUCUUCUACAUCUAGAGGCGAAUCCUCUGGACGGCCAGAAAAUUUAGGAGGAAAACGGGAGUUAACAAAAGACGAUGCAUUGGCCUAUCUGAAAGCAAUGGCAGUAACGUUCAAAGACAGAAAAGAGAAACACGAUGAAUUUAUUGAAGUAUUGAAAGAUUUCAAGGCACAAAGAAUUGAUAUGACUGGUGUUAUUGCCCGUGUGAAAGAAUUAUUUAAAGGGCAUCCCAAUCUUAUUUUGGGCUUUAACACCUUUCUUCCUAAAGGUUUUGAAAUUAUACUUGCGCCUGAGGAUGAACUCCCACCCAUAAAGCAACCUGUUGACUUUGACCAAGCCAUUAAUUAUGUCAGUAAGAUCAAGACUCGGUUUCAAUAUGACGAACAAGUAUACAAAGCUUUUCUGGAAAUUUUGAAUAUGUAUCGGAAGGGAAACAAGACAAUCAGUGAAGUGUAUCAAGAGGUGGCUUCAUUGUUCAAAGACCAUCAAGAUUUAGUUGAGGAAUUUUAUUAUUUCUUACCCAAUUCCUCAAAAACAGCAUGUGUGCCACAUGCUCCAUCUUCUGCAACACAGACAGCUUUUCCUUCUCUGGAAGGGAUGAGAGAAGUCCUAGAGCAAUAUCUAGAAAGGUUCUAAGAGGCUUUCGUAGAGGAUCAGUCCUGCCUAUAUGGGUUAGUAAUGUUUGGAAUCGUAGAGCUUAAGUUACCUAGUUUGCAUUUGAUACCAAAACAAUUGAUUGGUAAUCUGCUAUUGAGACUGCUGAAAAGCAUUUAAGAAUUUAAGGGAAAGAUAUAGAUAAUUAGAUGCUGAAUAAGAAUAGGGAGGGUGGAGAGAGUCUUAUUGAGAUGAAGACUUGACUUCAAGAUAACCCCUGAGAUGUUAAUAUUGGGUUUAGAGUAAGAAUGAUUUGAUUGAAAUUGUGGGAUAAAAGGUCUUUUUCUUUUCAGAUGUUUUAACAUUUUAGAUAGAGAAUAUUUGUAAUUGA